AUGGCAAAAGUUAUAUAUUAUUUGGCCUGUUAUAUUAUGUUGUAUAUUAUACAUUUCUGUCCUGUUUUAUCAUGCUAAAGAAAACUGCCGAUUCAUCACAGCAUGACACAUACCUGCUAAUCACACCAAUUCUUUCUUCUCAUGGAUUUAGAAAAAAAAAACUCCCAUACACAGCCACUAUAAAUGUGCGAGUGCAUCAGUUGAGGAGAGUGCCUCAGAGAGAAAAUGGCUGUUGUCGAGUCUCUGCUGCAGUUUUUCAGCACAGGUACAUUACUGGGGGCGUGGCUGUUGCUUCUGGGUUUGUAUUUGCUUUCCUCUGGAUCCAAAUCUCAGAAAGAAGGUAAAGAGCCACCGGGACCCAAACCACUGCCACUGUUGGGGAACCUCCUGAACCUUGACCUCACGAGACCCUUUGACAGCUUUUGUGAGCUCUCCAAAACCUACGGGAACAUAUUCCAAGUCUUUUUGGGUCCUAAAAAAACUGUGGUCUUAGUUGGAUACAAAACCAUCAAAGAAGCUCUAGUGAAUCAUGCAGAAGUGUUUGGCGACAGAGAUAUUGCACCUAGUUUCCAGAUAAUGAAUGACAAACAUGGGAUCAUCUUUUCCAAUGGAGAGAACUGGAAAGAAAUGCGACGCUUCGCCAUCAGCAACCUUCGCGACCUUGGGAUGGGCAAGAGAGGAAGUGAAGAGAAAAUCAUAGAGGAAAUUCAGUAUCUGAAAGGAGAGUUAGAUAAGUUUGAAGAAAAACCCUUCGACACGACACAGCCUGUGAACUACGCUGUUUCAAACAUCAUCUCGUCUAUCGUGUAUGGCAGCAGAUUUGAAUACACAGACCCUCGGUUCACUGAAAUGGUCAACAGAGCAAAUGAGAAUGUUCACUUUGCUGGAUCAACUUCUAUGAUGAUUUAUAAUAUAUUUCCAUGGUUGGGUCCUAUCCUAAAAAACAAAAGGAUUAUUGAAAACAAUAUUGUGCAAAGUAGAAAACAUAUGACUAAGUUGUUCAAUGGACUUCUGGAGACUCUGAAUCCACAUGAUCGCAGAGCAUUUGUUGAAUCCUUUCUCUUUCGCAAACAGAGUGACGAGCAAUCAGGCAAGAAGGACUCAUUCUUUCACCAGGAUAAUCUUAUGAUGUCUGUGACAGAUCUGUUUGUCGCUGGUACUGACACCACAGGAAUGACUCUACGCUGGGGUUUGAUGUUUAUGGCCAAAUACCCUCAUAUACAGGCUCGAGUUCAGGAGGAGAUUGACAGAGUGAUUGGUGGACGUCAGCCAGUGGUGGAAGACAGAAAGAAAUUGCCAUAUACAGAUGCUGUGAUUCAUGAAACCCAGAGACUGGCAAACAUAGUACCCUUGAAUCUCCCUCAUAUGACCAGCUGUGACGUUACCUUCAAUGGAUACUUCAUCAAGAAGGGCACCACUGUAGUUCCUCUGCUGACGUCUGUUUUGAAGGAUCCAAGCGAAUGGGAAAAACCAAACAGCUUUUACCCAGAACACUUCCUUGAUGAGAAGGGCCAGUUUGUGAAGAGAGAUGCUUUCAUGCCCUUUUCUGCAGGCCGCAGGAUGUGUCUUGGAGAGAGUUUGGCCAGGAUGGAGCUCUUCCUGUUCUUCACUUCCCUCCUUCAGAGCUACCGCUUCACAACUGCACCUGGAGUGUCUGGAGAUGAGCUGGAUCUCAAAGGAGUUGUCGGAAUAACGUUGAAUCCGUCUCCACACAAGCUGUGUGCGAUCAGACGCUCCUGAAUGAAGAAAAUAUGAGAAAACAGAAACAAAACAUCCCACCUCUGUUUAGAAUGAUUUGGGUGUUUUUGGACUGGUGGUAACUAGAGUUGGGAAUUGGUAGAAAUUUUCCGGUUCCUGUUCUGCCUAAUGGUUCCGAUUCCAUUAAAAUAAUUAAACAACUAUUUUAAAAGUGUUAAGGAAAAAUUCAUAAUACUCAAUGCUCAAUACUGCUUAUUGCUUACUGUCACCUUAAUUUAAAGUUUGGCAAUGUCAAAAUUCAACAUUUAUUUCAGUAUAUGUAUCUUCAUAAGUAGGGUUGGGAAAUGUUAUAAACUUUCCGGUUCUGAUUCCGGUCCAUUUAAAUUAACUUUUUUUUUUUUUUACUAUUUUACUUUUCAUUGAAUUGUAGUGUUGCUGGAAGGUAGGCUAGUAAGUAAUGUUGAGUAAUGCUAGUCUAUCAAUCAGCAUGUGUUUUAAAGUUGAUGUUUUUUACACUAUCAAUAACAUUUAGCUUUUCAAGCAG